AUGAGGCCACAGAGAUAUCAGUCUCUACAGCGGGACAAGAAGGAGAAUACAUUCGGUGAUAGCAAGAUUACCAUGUUUCAACAUAUUGGAUCUGUCGUGCUGCAAGACAGCUAUAAGCUCAACCCAACAGCAACUGGAAAAGCUGUCAAGCGCAAGUAUUAUCAGCAUGUGUCACUUUCUUCUGAGUCUUGA